CUGGGGAAGUGAUUGGGAGACCAAUCAAUAUGAGGGUGGGACCUUUGCCAUAUGAUUUGGUGAGAAAUGCCAAAAUGGCAUCCUCAAUCACCCCUCACCCCAUAUGCUCGGUUCAAUCAUCCAAGGAAGGGAGAGAAACUCUGAAAAUACUCCAUUUCCUCAUCCUUUCACGCACCAAGAACAAAGGAGGAAGAAGGAGGGGAAAAGAGAAGAGAAAAGGGAGAGAAACUCUGAAAAUACUCCAUUUCCUCAUCCUUUCACGCACCAAGAACAAAGGAGGAAGAAGGAGGGGAAAAGAGAAGAGAAAAGGUUGUUUUGGAGAGGAAAACUUGUGUUUAGCAAGGUAUUCAAGGAACUUUCACGGAGUUGAAAAGGUCGCCGGAGUUGUCGCCGGAGUUCGUUGAAGUUCGCAGGAGUUUCGUCGGAGCUAAAUCGGGAAGGCUAGAACUUCAUAAGCUUCAUUAAGGUUGAGGCUAGAGUCCUACUACCUGCACCUUUGCCUAGGGUGACUGAUCGAGAAGGAAGACGUGGUUCGUGCUUCCAUUCUUAUUUCAAAUGUAUAAACCGCUCAUGGAUUUUUGAACAAUGUUUUCAUUAAAACAGUUGGGGGCCUGUGUGCCCGUGUUUGCCACGUGUGGCUAAGUAUCAAACAUUUUAUUAUUUC